GUCCCAGUUCGCGCUGAAGUUCCUGGACCCGUCGUUUGUCCCCAUCACGAACUCCCUGAGCCAGGAGCUGCAGGAGAAGCCCUCCAAGUGGGCCUUCAACCGGACGGCCUUUGCCCAGCAGAGGCAAGAAAUCCUUCAGCACGUUGACGUGAUAAAGAAUUUUUCUUUGACCAAGAGCAGUGUUCGGAUUGGACAGCUGAUGCAUUACGAUUAUUCCAGCCAUAAGUAUGUUUUCUCUAUCAGCAAUAACUUCAGGUCUCUGCUUCCUGACGUGUCACCCAUCCUCAACAAGCACUACAACGUCUGUGCCGUGGUUGGGAACAGCGGGAUCCUGACCGGCAGUCAGUGUGGCCAGGAAAUAGAUAAAUCUGAUUUCGUUUUCCGGUGCAAUUUUGCUCCAACUGAGGCUUUCCAAAAAGAUGUUGGGAGGAAAACCAACCUUACAACUUUCAACCCCAGCAUCCUGGAGAAGUAUUACAACAAUCUUUUGACCAUUCAGGAUCGCAACAACUUCUUUUUAAGUUUGAAAAAGCUCGAUGGGGCCAUUCUUUGGAUCCCUGCUUUUUUCUUCCACACGUCAGCAACCGUCACGAGAACACUGGUUGACUUCUUUGUGGAGCACAGAGGGCAACUCAAGGUCCAGUUGGCUUGGCCAGGAAAUAUAAUGCAGCAUGUCAACAGAUACUGGAAGAACAAACACUUGUCACCGAAGCGGCUGAGCACAGGUAUUCUCAUGUACACCCUCGCGUCUGCCGUCUGCGAGGAGAUCCACCUGUACGGAUUCUGGCCCUUUGGGUUCGACCCCAACACGAGGGAGGACCUCCCGUACCACUACUAUGACAAAAAGGGAACAAAGUUCACAACCAAGUGGCAGGAGUCCCACCAGCUGCCUGCAGAGUUCCAGCUGCUCUACAGGAUGCACGGUGAAGGACUGGCCAAACUGACCUUGUCGCAUUGUGCCUAAGAACCGAAAUCUCAAAGUGCCAAAUGAUUGUCUAAAAAGUGCCCAAAACCCAAUUAAACAUUCUACAGAUACAAUUCUAAACAAAAAACAAAAACAAA